AUGCCGUCCCCAUUCAGCACACUGCUGUUUUCGAGCUUACUUGCUCGCUCGGUAUACGCUGGAAGUAGUUUGGCUGUUCGAGAUGAAAUUGUUACUAGCGAAGUUGUGACCUGCAACCCAGUCGAAGUCAACUAUAUCCUGAAUCCAUCAUUUGAAACAGGCGACUUGACUGACUGGACGGAUUGGCGGGCUAGCAAUGUUGCUGACGAUGGCACGGUUGUACCAGGCGAUGCCACUGAUGGCGAUGACUACUUCUCUGUUUUGGCCACUGCCACCUUCACCUACCUGGAACAGUCUUUGACUGGACUGGAUACAUCUUCCACUUAUACUCUAUCUGCCGACUAUAAAAUGAUAUGGUCUUCCACUUCGACCUUUUGCUAUGUUGGAUUCUCUCAGAAUUCUUGGUCCAGUUGGAUCACGAGAUCCCGCGUGUUAGUGAAUACAGCCACGGAUUGGACGACAUUGACAACCACGUGGUCACCUACUUCAUCAAGUGAAGAACUUUUCUUUGUUUGGGCAUGCAUAGGUGGACCCCAGCUUGAGGUGGACAAUAUCAAGGCUGUCAAUGGUAUCACUACAACCACCUGCACGACGAGCACUGUGACUUCAACAUUGACCGCUAUCUCCUCUUCGUCCGCUGCGUCGUCCUCUGCUACUCUCACUAGUUCCUUUAUUCCUUCAUCUAGUGUUGCUACUCCUAGCGCUCUGAGCUCCAACACCCCUGUAUCCUCUGUUGCUCCCACCAGCACUCCUGUUCGCUCAUCCAGUAUUACUAGCUCUAGUCCUGCAACUAGCCCCAGCACAUCUGUGUCUACUGCUUCCCCAAGUCCUAGCACCAUCAAGUCGAGCUCCAUUCUUUCUCGCAGUGCCACUUCAUCUCCCUCAUCUAGAUCAGUCCCUGUCAGCCGCCGGCCUAUCAGCUCCACCCCGGCCGUGUCUUUGUCUUCGACUUCAGUUUCUAUUCUGCCUGUGAAGUCUACACCAGCGUUGUCAAGCGCUGUCUCCUCUUCUCCGGUUGAUACUCGGACUUUGCGCCCAAGCUCUUUGUCAUCAUCCCUUCCGGUUCCUAUCAGCCGUCGGCCGAUCACAUCGACUACAACAUCUCCUAUUCCCGAUACUAAGACUCCUGGUGGUGUCGCUCCUUCGGGCUCGUCUACUGGCAUCCCUUCCUUUGGCUCAUCCGCUUCUGGUAGUGCCUCUGUUGGCAGUAGCUCGACUGUUCGUAUCACCUCCACUGUUACUGUCUGCACUUCUUGCUUUGCUAGUGCUUCUGGUACCCCAACUGGCUCUAGUAUUACCGCGAGCAGCCCAUCAUUGACCGAAUUUACUACCUCCACUGUGUUUACUACCCAAACAUCCACUGUUACUGCAUGCCCCUCGUUCGUGAAGGAUUGUCCGGCCUCUGAAAGGUCGACUUACGUUACUACUGAGACCAUUGUUGACUAUACCACUAUAUGUCCUGUGACUGCUACUGAGACUGGUGUUCCUGCUGGUCCAGCCAAGCCUUCCAGUGGAUCGUCUAGCUCCAGUUCGGUCAGCGUGAGCGCUACUUCUAGCACCAUUCCUGAAGAACUCACCACCACUGUUGUUACCUACGAGACUACCACCAUCUGCCCCGUUACCCAGACUAUUACUUCGGGUGGUGCCACAUUCGUUCAGACCACCAGCACUGUUUCUACUACUACUGUGACUACUACCUCGAUAAUUCCUGUGGCCACUGUCACCGAUGCUGGUGAGACUUCUCCCGUAAUUUCUGGUCCCGCUAGCGUGGGUGCUGCUUCUAGCACCAUUCCUGAAGAAUUCACUACCACUGUUGUCACCUACGAGACUACUACCAUCUGUCCCGUAACCGAGACUGUCACUUCAGGUGGAGCCACAUUCGUUCAAACCACCAGCACCAUUUCUACUACUACUGUGACUGCCACCUCGAUAAUUCCUGUGGCCACUGUCACCAAUGCUGGUGAAACUGUGACGGUCACUGGUACUGGAAUUGAUGCAGCUGCUACCACUGUUGGUGCUACUACUAUCAAGUCAAACAGUGAAACCGCUGCCGUAUCAACCCAGUUAAUCACUCUCACUCUCGUCAAUUCUAGCUCUCCUGCUACCCGGGUUGCUUCUCAGUCUGCUUCUCAGGUUGUUCCUGAGGUUGCUUCUCAGCUACCAUCGGGGGCUGGCGCAGUUGGCGUAACAAACACCCGCACCGUUCCAUAUUCCGAGCCUUCUUCCUCUCGCUUCUCCAGUGUGGGUGUCUCCUCUAUUUCCUAUGUUGGUGCUAGCUCUUCAUUUGCUUCUUACUCUGGCGCCACUACAUCUACCUCGACUAGCUCCCCUAGCCCGGUUUACACUGGUUCUGCCUCUUCUUUUACCUUCUCUGCCGGCGCUCUGUACGCCCUUACACUAUUUUUUGUGGCUAUCUUUAUUUAA